AUUAUCAUACCCAGUCCAACGCGGAAAUUUGCUUCUUCGUCAAGAAGAUUCCACAAAAUGGCGGAAAGGAGUCGUUCUUCCCAUGCGGAAAAUUCAAGUUCCUCCAGUUCUACAAGUCGCAUUGAUAGCGUCCAAGUUGAUGGACUGGUAAAUAUCAGUUAAACCAAAAAAUCUUUGUAAUUUUUUGGAACGUAUUUGGUGUCUUUUUGGGAGAAAAUUUAGAAAACUAGUGCACACGUGAUCCAUGAUUUUAUCAUCGAUGAAGUUCUGUUUGACAAAUCGACCACAAUUUUCCUUGGGCUACACUGUUAUAGAUCAUAGAAAUGACGUCAUAAAACUUAAGAGGAACCACGAACCGCAGGCGAAGUUUUGAACAUGUUAUGGCGUCAUUUCUAUGGUCUAUAAGAGUGUAGACGAUGGAAAAUUGUGGUCGAUUUGUUUUUUGCAAUAACAUUUAUUUUUUUUAUCUAGCUACUGUUUUUGACUUGUUCAUACCAUUAUUUUUGCAAGGUUGUGCUGAAAAUUAUUAAACAUUGCCAAGAUGAAGGAUCAGCGGGCGAACUUGUUCAGGGAGUUUUACUUGGAUUGAUUCAAAACCAUAAACUUGAGAUAACAAACUGCUUUGCUUUCCCAUCAGUGCGAGUUGGAGAAGAUGAUGACGAAGACGAUGGUGAGAACCUUAUUACAUGCGAGAAAAUCCAUGUUUGCAUUGAAAACCAGGAACAAAUCCAGAAAAUUCAAAAAACAGGGGCUGAAUUUCUUCAUGUGGCAUUUACACAUAUAAUUUUUUUCUUAUUAAAGAACUUUUAGAGCAUUUUGCCCAAAAAUUAAGGCCCUGGAAGAGAGACUCUUUUAGAGAUUUCUUAUUAAAGUAAAUAACAUUUCCAAGAAACUGGAAGAUGUCCCCCUUGGCAAAGAAAACUAAGAAGCAAAAGCUUGAAUUUUCAGAGGGGAACACAUAUACCAUCACCCUACAAGCAGAGGCUUUCUUUUGCUUGCUUGAUUUUGGCUUGCUUAGAUCCAGGAAGACUGCAUGAGUCAAGUAAGAUCUUUGUCAAGCAUGCACGGCAUGUGGCUAAGACAUAGUUUCAGACCCAGGCCUAAUAACGACGCGCUUGCCACAGCGGGGUCAUUUAUGACCAUCGGUUUAUCAAAAAACACAUAAAUGCACUCAAAGAAAAAUAAUUAACCAGUUUGAUGAGAGAAAACAAGGUUGACUAGUCCAGAAGUUCGGGCUGCGGUGACUUCAAACGGUUGAUGUGAUUCAGGCAGAACUUCCUUUUCUCCUCCUCACUCAAGAAGACAAAGUGAAGCUCUGCUUGCAGGCCUCACAAUUCCAUGCGUUAAAUGCUAUUUGGUUCACUGAAGUGAAUUGACCGAAAAGGCUUGGGGAAACACCAAAUGCCACACGAUGCUGAUCGAAUUAUGAAUUGACAAGUAAGCUCUUAAAUGUCCAUAAAACCCUGAAUAUUACUUUAUGUAUGUUCCUUCUUAGUAAACUACCAGAUGGAGAUGAUGCGUCGUUUACGAGCUGUCAAUGUAGACCAUCUACAUGUGGGCUGGUAUCAGUCAACUUACCUUGGUUCAUUUGUAAACAAAACAUUACUGGACUCACAAUUCAGUUAUCAGAGUUCUAUUGAGGAAUCAGUGGUACUUAUUUAUGGUGAGCAGUUUAUUUGUUUGUUUGUUUGGCGAUGUGUUCAUGGCAACAAGUUUUAUAUCAGUGCCAUAACUUUAUUGCUUAAAUUUAAUGAGUGCUCCAGAUUAGCCUCCUAGCUCAGUCUGUUGGAUUGAUGUCAAGAAAAAUCCAGAUUUCAAGAAGUCAAACUUCAUAGGGAUAAAAACAUUUCUGUGAUUCUUACUAUAUCUCACUUUUCCUUGAAGACAAUGCAGAUUAUAAGGAAUCUUAAGGCCUUUCCACACGUGUCCAUUUUUGUUUGAAAACCAAGAUUUUUUCCUCUGGUUUGGCCUACCAUCCACACAUAUCCGGUGAAAAGUGUCGCCGAAAAUGCAUCCUUUCAAAAAGCUUUCCAGAGAGGAUAUUUUUGAAAACGCUGUUUAGCUGUACUCCUGUAUAAUGGAGGUUUAUUUCUUGGUGUUGGAUACCAGUAAAAACGCAUGCAUUGCUCCCAUCAAAGAUGGUGCCAUUUUCAGUCACUGAAAAAAAAACACAGCCUCUGGACACUGAUUUUUUUUUUUGAAAGCAGAGAAAAAAAUUUUCGUUUUCAAAAAAAAGGGAUACAUGUGGAUAAGGCCUUAGAGAAAGGGUUCCUGAAUUAACUUGUAACCAAGCCAUUUUCUGGCCACCAUCUGGCUAAAAGAGACCAAAACUACAUGUACUCAUCAUGUUGUUUCCAAGUUUAGCACUGUUAUAAGAAGAGAAAAAUAGAUAAAAAACCAUGUCUUUUUUUUGUUGUUUUAGAUCCAUGGAAGACCUCACAAGGAAUGCUGUCUUUGAAAGUGUUUCGUUUGUCUGAUAAAAUGAUGGCAAUGUAUAAAGAGGCAGAAUUUAAUGCAGAAAAGUGAGACACUUUUUUCUUUGUUCAGUGAAGGGGGACGUUGUAAAACAUUAAACAGUCUAAAGUUGCCACCUUGGAGCACUAUUGUAGAACCCAUAUUGUGCAAGUCCCAUAUUAUUGUACAAUAAAAGAGCAAACUCCAUGCUGAUUGGUCAGUGAGAUUGUAAACCAUGGAAAUGAUGUGAUGAUGGUGCAAUUUGUUUUUCUUUUUCUCCUGUGCAUUAUUUUCCAAGAAACUUCACAAAAAGGACAUUAAAAACUGUCAAUGUUGUUAUGUUUAUAUGAAGGACGUAGGGCUUUAAAAUAGCUGCUAAUUGUGCAGAAGAUUGGGUAUGGAAAUGAUGUGAUGAUGGUGCAAUUUGUUUUUCUCUUUCUCUUGUGUGUGAUUUUCCAAGAAAUUUCACUGAAAAUGGACAUUAAAAACUGUCAAUGUUGUUAUGUUGUUAUUUUUCAACCAUUCUCUAUGAAUGACACAGAGCUUUAAAAUAAGUGCUAAGUUUGCACAAGAUUGAGUCUCCUCUAUGGAAUAUCCCUGAAUAGAAAAGAAAACUAAGAAAUAAAGGAAAUAUAUUACAUUAAGAUUAUUGUUAAGAAAAAAAAUGGAGUUGAGCUAUGUGCAAAUGGAGGCAACAUUGUUUGCCAACAACUCCCAACAAUGUAGGAUGUUACAUGUUUCGUCCAUUUGCGUACCCUGUUGGAUGUUGUUGCACAAAGUUUGAAACCGGCCAAAUCUUUUAGGCGAAGUAAAAACUUGAUUUACCCCAUUUGUGUACAUGCAUGGCUCUUGGGUAAAAUUUCUUUUGUUAUCUUUCAGGCUUGCCAAAAGUGGUCUCAGUUUUGAGGCAAUGUUUGAAGAGAUUCCACUUGUUAUAAGGAACUCUUCACUUGUCAAUACUCUGCUGUGUGAAAUUGAAGUCUUGUCACCUCAUACCCAAACAGAUGAGUUUCUCAGUCUCUCCACAGGGUAAGAAAGAUAUUUUUAUUAGAUUAAAAUUCUUACCUACUUUUAUGUAGCAUUUGUGAAACACUAAUUGGAGAUUAUUGCUUUAAACUUCAAGGUGCUAGUAAAACUCAACAAGUAACAAAAACUGUCGCAGGAUAGUGUAGCUUAACACCUUUCGAUUUUUAUGACCACAGAAGAUAAGAUAAUGCCAUUAGAGUUAAAGUAUAGCAAUUCUUCGUAUGUUUACAGAACAGAAGAAAUGUUAUUUUCAUUUUUGUGUCAGAAAUUCUGACAAAAAUUAUGGAUAAAAAUAUUCAAUACUGGCUAUGCAUUUACAUGCACGGGAGGCAUUUUGCAUGCCUGUGAUUAGCCUGUCGAGAGACGUGCAUUACCAUAGCUGUCAGCAAGUCCCCCGCAGUUUUUAUUUUCAUACUUUUGUAAGAGAAACUGCAAGGUCUGUCGACAAUCUACUCUGCCUUAUAAGGUUUCAGGAAAAUAUUAAUUUUUUAUAUAUUUAACAUUUUGAUGUAUCCCAUCAAACACAAAAUUGAUAACCUUUAGGUAUGAAUCAUGUGGGCAGCAACCGUGGUGCAUGUGGCCUGGGUUCAAAUCCCAGCAUUCAGAUGUCAUUAUGUCGGUUGAGUUUGUUGUUGGUUCUCUUCUUUGCUCUGAGUGCUUUUUUCUCCGGUUUUCCCCUCUCCUCAAAAACCAACACUUCCAAAUUCUAAUUCAAGUAGGAAUCAGAUAGAUGAAGAACCACUAAGUGUUGUGCUACCUUUAUAUCAUUAUUUAUUUUUUAUUCUUUGGGUCUUAACCUUCCUUCCCAGUUUCCUCUUUUAUGCAUUUAGUGAUACCCACCAAGGUGAUUAUGAUGAUGUUAAAAUUCAUUAAUUUGUCAUUUACUGCAGAUCUUAUUUAGAAAAGAAUGUACGACUGCUCAUGGAGGGUGUUGAUGAACUCUGUCAAGAUGCCAAUAAGUUCAAUAAUCAUCUGCGUAAUGUUGCAAGACAGCAGCAGCAGAAGGAAGCAUAUACUCAGAGAAGGGUAAAAUCAAUUUAAGUUGAAAACAGACCAUUUUUUAGCUAGAAAGAGCAACAUGGCAGAAAUAAUUUUCACUGCAGGAAAUUUAGUUAGACUGCAAUAGCACAGCCAGGGGGCCAAACUGUCUUGACCCAAACAGGCAUAUUGGAUGUAGAUAGGUCUGUGAGACUGUCAUUUUUGGAAAAAGUAAGAUUCUUGUUAAUUUUAAAUUUCACAAUCCUGUCAAUUCUCAGCACAGAAAGUGGGGAAUUUGUGGGUGAGAAUUUGAGAAUGGUCACAUCAACGUUUUUAUUGUGGUUGUUUUUCAGAGACAUUAUCAUUUUUUUAUUAUUGCAUUGUGUCCAAAAUGUUUUGUUUUGCUUUUUCUUUUAGCAAGCUGAAAAUGCUUCAAGACAACAUCGUGGUGAAGCUCCUCUCCCUGAUGAUGACCUGAAUAAGAUGUUCAAACCCUUACAGUCGCCCUCACGACUUGACUACCUUUUACUGUCACAGCAAGUCAACACAUACAGUAAACAAAUCAACCAGUUUGCCACCCACAGCUUUGGAAAAUUAUUCCUUUCACAAGCUCUACAGGAUAAUGAAUAG